AUGGUCGACGACGCGGGCGCCGCCGAGGCCCGGGGGGACGGGCUGCUGGGGUUCCCACUUCCGCCGCCACGGAUUCGCUCCCGGCCGUGGUGGUUUCCUGUGCAGGAGCUGAGGAACCCGCUGGUGUUUUCUUUGGAGGCGUGGCUGGCAGACUCGAUCUUCGGCCCAGACCGAGCCGUGGUUCCGGAAAUGGAGUGGAUGAGCCAGGCCCUCCUGACGGUGGACACAGUUCACGCCGGGAAGUUGGUGGAAAUCACCGUCUUCGGGCGGCCGGCUGUCCAGCGCCGGGUGAAGAGCGUGCUCCUGAGCCUGGCGUCGAGUCACCGGCAGCAGCGUGCCCGAGCUGAGAAGAUGGAACGACUCGAGGAGUUCUUGAAGGCCCAGGCACCAGGUCCCCAGGUCCCCCAGCGUCCUGUUGCAUAA